AACGUACGCACGCCACACGGUCGCCGAGCGCCACGCCGUACGGACGUUUUACCCGCCUAACCGGACGUUAACCCACCUCUGAUAUUAAUCGUAACAAUAAUAUAUGCGUCCGUGCACACUUUAAUAUAUAUAUAUUUUUUUUUUAUAUAUUAUGUGUUAUAUUGUGCACGUUUCGAGCUGUCGACGCGUAUAGUGACGUAACGUUGCAAGCUACGAUUGUGCAUUACAUCACGGUGCUAUCCCGAGAUUCAGCAACAGGUAUCUGUCCGAAAACACAUACUUGGUACACUGUUUGCAGUGUUGUUCCUGCACACUUAUCCGGACGGACGAUGAUAUCAUCAUUGGCAGCCGGGUAACCCUGCGGCAUCGCCGGUGUCCGGUGUAAUAUUAUUAUUAACGCUCGUCAAUCGAUAAUAAUAUACCACCGUAGUUCGAAGGAAAAGGAUCAGGAGCGGUGAUUAAAGGAUCGAGUCGAGGAGUAAACGACCAAUAGCAGGAUGGUGAUCGAACCGGGCCUGAUGGACAUGCUGGGCAACUCGCUGUUCGACAUGCUUGCACCAGUGUCGUCCACCGAGUCCUCGGCCGUAGCGUCCACCGUGUCCGCGCACGGAUCCGGUGACGGUUCCGGUGGUCGUGUCGAUGGUUCCGGUUCGGCAGUCGAUGACGACGAAGACGAUGGUUCCGGAAUGGGCGGCGGUUCCGGGGCCGGAGGUUCCGGUGGCAUCGGCCCCGGCGAGCUCUGGUACAGGCACAGCCCCGCUAUGACGGCCGUCUACUGUUUCGCGUAUACCAUGGUAUUCUUGGUCGGAUUGGUCGGUAACCUGCUGGUGGUGUCCGUCGUCUGCCGGUCACCCAGGAUGCGGAACGUCACUAACUAUUUCAUCGUAAACCUGGCCGUGGCCGACAUUCUGGUGCUCGUCUUCUGUCUGCCAGCCACGCUUUUGUCCAACAUCUAUGUCCCGUGGAUCUUGGGAUCGUGGAUGUGUAAGAUCGUGCCGUAUGUUCAAGGUGUUUCAGUGGCAGCGUCUGUGUACAGUUUAAUCGCCGUUUCAGUUGACAGGUUCCUGGCCAUCUGGUACCCGCUCAAGUGUCAGAUCACCACUCGACGCGCUCGGUACAUCAUCGCCAUCAUCUGGCUGGCGUCGACCACGAUUACCAUACCGUGGGCGCUGUUCUUCGACAUGGUGGCCAUAUUCAAGGACGCCCCGAACCUGGAACUGUGCCUGGAGGUGUGGCCGGACUACCUGGACGGCAACCUGUACUUCCUGCUGGGCAACCUGGGCCUGUGCUACGUGGUGCCCACGGUGGCCAUAUCGCUGUGCUACGUGAUGAUCUGGGUGAAGGUGUGGCGGCGGACCAUACCCACCGACAACAAGUGCGCCCGCAUGGAGCGCAUCCAGCAACAGAGCAAGGUGAAGGUGGUGAAGAUGCUGGCCAUGGUGGUGGUGCUGUUCGUCGCGUCCUGGCUGCCGCUGUACGCGAUCUUCGCCCGGAUCAAGCUGGGCGGCCGGCUGGUGCCGUGGGAGGAGGACUUCCUUCCGGUGGCCACGCCGAUCGCGCAGUGGCUGGGCGCGUCCAACAGCUGCAUCAAUCCGGUGCUGUACGCGUUCUUCAACCGGAAGUUCCGGCGCGGCUUCACCGCCGUGCUCCAGAGCCGCCGGUGCUGCGGCACCCUGCGGUACAACGAGAACCUGCAGCACUCGGCGUCGGCCAGCGGCAACGGCGGCGGCAAGGCGUCGUCGUACUACAUCACCAAUCACCACGCGUACACCAAACGGCAGUCCAGCCAGGAGACGAACGUGUCGUACAUAUUCAACGUCUGAACGCACCCUAAGCCGCCUCCCCGCACGCACACACGAACGAACGUAAUAUUAUGUCGUCCGCGAUGUCUUCGUCGCAGCACUAUCGUUGCUGUCGUCGUCGUCACGAUAUAUUAAAAUAUAUUAUAAUAAUAUAAUAAUAAUAUCGUAUCGACGGUAAUCAAAACUAAUAAUCACACAAUAUAAUAUGUAAUAAUAAUUCGAAAGAAAAACCUCCUUCAAUGACGUCGGAAGUGUUUUCCGGUCCGGCGGCGGGACACUAUUUUAUAUACGUUAUAUGUGUUUUACCCGGAGCCUGCGAUUAGAUCGUACGCGGUAAAAAUAUAAUAUAACGAUAUAAUAAUAAUAUUAUAAUGACUUGUCGAGUGUUUCCCGCCGCCAAACAUCCAUAUCGAUAAUACAAUUUUAUAUAUUAAAUAAUAAUCGCACACAUAUACCACGUACCUAUAAUACGUAUAUUGUACUGCCGAUGCACGCUCUACGUGUAUAAUAUUAUAUAUGUCAUAUACGAUUUAAUAAUAAUAAUAAUAAUAUGUAACGCAUAUCGUGACGUUUUAAUAAUAUAUAUUAUAAUAACAGCGAUACGUAAUCGUUUUAGGCGAAAUGCGAAAAAGCGAAAUUAUGCGCGAUUUUCACAUCUAAAUAAUAAUAUUAUAUUAAAAUUAUUAUAAUAAUGAUAAACGAUAUUAUAAAAUGUAGUCCAUCGAAAUAAUAAUAAUUAUUUUAUAAUACAACACAUACACUCAUAUAUAUAGGUAUAUGCGUAUUUAUAUAUAUGUAUUAAUUUUAAUAAUACAUACAUAGAGUGUAUUAAAAAUUAAAAUAAUAAAAAAUUACGAAUACGUAAUAUAAUAAUAUUAUUAAUACGUACAAUCGUCGAUUUGCACGCUGUACAUACACAAUAUAUUAUAUUAGAAGGUGUUUUCAAUAUAAUUUCUCAACUAUCCUUUCCCCCCAGCAACCCUCCAGCAGUGAUAUAGUCAUAGACAUUAUUUUACACCUUCCUCUCCCGUCCACCUACCGCCUAUUACCCACCUAAAAUCCACUUUCAAACAAGGCAUGCGAGGCCUGUAACGAUGUACAAUGUUAUGGUCAAUAAUGGAAGAAAUCUGGGUAUUCGAUGCGCGUGGCUCGGGCGACUUGCAAUAAUCGCUUAGAGAUCGUCUAGUUUUAUCGGAAUAAUCCUUACAAACUUUUCUACAGCUUGGGUCCCCAGCUGAAUGUUUCCGAAUGUCACGAGUUCCGGUAUAAUAUAUAUUAUGUGAAUAUAUUCAUGGGCCGUUACAAACAAGUAGCAAAUGGUCGAAAAUGUUGUUUUAUUUAGUUUUUUUUUCUCGAAUUCCAUUCCGUUUGAGAGAAUUUUUGGACUCCGAUCUGAAAGGAUUACCAAUAAAACAAGAUAUCCGUACACUUCAUUUUAUUAUUAUGUGCUACUCAUCGGUUGUCACUGUUGUUUCUGUGAUUUUGUUCGUAUGACUUGUCGCGGCUAUCUCUCGAUAACUAUUAAUAAUAUAACAAUAGUCAACGAUUAUAAUAAUUUGAAUUUGAAUAGUAAUAAAACAGCUAUAAGACUAUAGGUACAUGAUAAAUUAAAUAUUGUUAUAUCUAUGAUUAAAUAUUUGACAUGUCUAUAUUUUACUUAACAAGUCGAGCAAGGCGCAGAAUAUCCAGUAUCUACCUCACCACUUUUAAGCAUCGUCUUAAGUCAUAACAUAUGCCUUUCCAACGCGACCUCUUUUGGUGCACUGCCCUUUCGUGAUAACGUUUCACAGAAAGUACUGUGUAUAUUUUCUAUUUAAAAUCCUACUCGUGAUUACUACCCAAACGCGUGUUUUUAUUUCAUUCGAAACCCUUGACACAGCAGCCACACCCUCACACCACACAUUAUUUGCAGUAUAAUGAUAUCGUAUUAUAAUAAUAUAAAAUAUAAUAUUGUAUUUCCAAGCGAUACCGAAAAUCGAUUGAUACACGUUUAGAUCACGACGUAUUUUGUAUUUAUUUACUGUACUCGUGAUACGGAUGAAAGAAAAGACGAAAAGAAGAUUUUGAUGACGAAAAUGAAAAUGAAAACUAUAGAGAAAGUGAUUUGGCACAGAUUUACAUGGCAUAUUACACGAUUUAAGAUUCGAACUGUUUAUACGAAUGACGAGAAUAUGAGAAAUACAAUAUUAUUGUUAUCGAAUAUAAGUAUUACGUAUUAUAUACUAUUCCACCGCGCUUCUGAGCGCUAACAUUGAUCUGUUUAUCGCAAUGUAUAAUAAUAAUAAUAUUAAUAGUAACGAUAAUACUCGCGAUAAACAAUUAAAUUUACCUAUCUGCUAAAUUUGAAUUUUAAACAUAACACGUUUUCGUGAUUUUGAUAGGUAAAACAAAAUUAAUCCAAAAAUAUAAUACUAAUCAUUGCAAUAAUUAUACAUACAUUGCACGUGCUCUACACUUUGUAGCUACACAUACAAUGUAAUUACUACAUAAGUAAUAAUUAAUACAUUUAUGUGAAUAACCUUUAAACAUAUUUUAAAAUAUAGUAGGUACGUUUAUGUUUUGAAAAAGUUAAUAAAAUUCACCGAUUCUCCUCCACAAUUGACGAAUAAAUAAAUGAGACAUUUUUUUAUCAAUAAUAAAAAAAAAACUAUCUUUGUUACACAAACAUAAUAUUAUAAUAUUAUAUAGAUUUGUAUAAUUAAGAAAGUUUAACUUUCAAAAGUUUGGAUAGCAGACAAUUAGUAUAAUUAAUAUAAAUAAUUAGUAUUUAUACAUUUUAAAAUUCAAUACACAUGUACGUAUUACAUAUAUAAAAUAUUGACAGCUUAAAUAAUAUUUGUAUUAAUGUUUAACGUACCCAAAAUAUAUUUACACGAUAAUUUACACUUAAAAAAAAAAACAAUAAUAAUUAUUAUAAGACAUUAAUACUUACAUCUAUCAAUAAAAUAGUAUUGUCUUAAUUAAUUUUAAUGGUAAUUCAGCGAAUGCAAUGCAAAUAAAUAUUAGACUUAAACUAUAAUAAUUUAAACAAUACGUGUUAAAUCCAAUAUGAAAAUGUUUGAUUUAGUUUUAAGCGAUUUAACCAAGGUAUUACAUUCAUCGUUGAUGUCAUAUUUUGUUAAAUCAAUUAUAUAAUGGAAGUGAAUAUCAAACACUAAAAUAGUUAUGAUAUUAUAUAUCAAUAUAUACAUUUAUAAUAGGUAUAACAUUUAAAUUAAGUAUAGAUACCCAGGAUCCUAGAAUAUAUAAUAUUAAAUGGCAAUUCUUAUAUAAUGCGAUGUUUAAUCAAAAAAUAAUAUAUAAGUGUUUUUUCAACAUGUUUCAUAUAAAAAAGAAAAUGAUAAUUAUAUAUAACAACAUAACUGUGUGAAGUAUGAAUUUAGAUAAUUAUUACGUAGGUAUUAUAGUUUAAAAUUUCAUGUAGGUAUUUUGUUUUGUUUGAAUGCUAAAUUAAAAAGAAACAUAAAUUAAUAUUGAAAUCAUAAACAACUAUCUAAGAUGAUCUUAUAAAAUAAUUCGUUAAAUUAUUUUGUAACAGAAAUAUCUUUGGCGAUGAAAAAAUAAAAGUAAAAAGGUGUAUGUUUUGUCAAUAUGCAUAGGAGAAUUAAGUUUUUUUUUCCUUUCCAAUUAAUACUGUAAGAGUAAUUUUUUAUAGUAAAAUAUAUUAUGUUGUACUUAAAAUAGUCAAACGCUUUAUAUUUUGUGUAAUAAUAAUGGUAAUGGAAUAAAUAAGACGCUGGAUAAUUAUUAUUUAUUACAUAAUAAAACGAGUUCAACCAAUUUAAAUAAAUAUCAUAUAAUACGUCAUAUUAUAUAAUUUUAACUUUGAAAGAUAGAUCAUUUUAGUUACUAUUUGUAUUUUAAUUCUGUUAAACUAAUUUUCUAUGACCGCAUUAAUUUAUACGUUUUUAACAUGUCUCUUUGCGAUGUUCUUUUUGUGAACAACGGAUUCGUGUGAACCAUAUUUAAUUAUUGCAACAAUAUUGUAUUUUUUUUUUUUUUUUUACUGUUCGUGUAUACGGUAAGACCAAAAUAAUAUUAUAUUACCAGCGUUUUCUUUCCCGUAGUAUAUCACGUAUUUAGUUUGUGCAGUAGAGUGUAUUUAAUUAUUUAGUUGGAUUUGAAUUUAAAAAUAAUUAAGAAAA